GCGUCUCCCGCGUUCCCGGGCGGCCGCGCCUGUGCGGCUGGCCCCCUGCCCGGCAUCCCGGACCGCCCUUAACCCGACGGCCCCCCUUCCUCACUGGGCAUCCGCGCCGGAUCCCGGGGGAGGCGGACCGGACCGGGCGGCGAGACCGGAGCCUGACGCCGACUGUUCGGUGCCCGCAGCGGCCAGGGCCAUGGGCACUCCGGCCUCGGUGGUGAGCGACUCUCCGGGACGGCCGGCGCCCGCAGCCCGCGCCCGCAAGCGGGCCUCGGCCAACAUCUUCCAGGGCGUGGGGCUGCGAGAGCUGCGGAGCCUGUUCCGGAGCGGCGGGGCCGAGCGGCCCGAGGAGCGCGCCCGCCUCGUCUGGCGGUACGCGGGCCAGCGGCGCAUGGCGCGGGCCCUGCGGCGGCUCCGGCGGCGACGGACAGCCCAGCCCGGCGGUGGGAUGGCCGCGCUACGGCGCUUCGAACACCUUCGGAUCGCGGAGAAGAAGCAGGAGGGUGACUGCGGGGCCAAGAGGGGCUCGGGCUCCAUGCAGCAGUGCUGAGCAGCUGGGCCGCGGCGAGCAGCCUUCCAAGGACCCUAAGUGUACUGGGCAGGGUGCAAGGAAUGGUUAAUAAAGGGUGGACAGUG